AAAUCUUCUUGCGGAACUAAUGUUUUCUCGCAGUGAGGUGCAGAUUCACGGGGGAAGUAAAUAUGCGACGGACUGCCGAGUCCAGCGAGGACCGGGGACAUUUGACUGAAAAUUAAUAUUGAUUGUAAAUUCAGUAACCGCUAUUCGUGUGGGGAACAUAAAUAACUUAAAAUGAAGUGCUCAUAAACCCAAAUACUUUAAAGUUAUUGACGUAGCGAGCGUGCAAAUUAAUUUAAUGACACGCUAGUUAGUUUGUUUUUACGAAAAGAUGUUCUCCAAACCAUUUCGAGUUAAAUCUAACACUGUCAUCAAAGGAUCCGACAGGAGAAAACUAAAGGCAGACCUACUGUCAGCGUUUCCCUCCCUGUCUCCUGAUGACAUUUCUGAGCUGGUGCCCAACAAAGAAGAGUUAAAUGUUGUGAAGAUCUAUGCACACAAGGGAGAAGCUGUGACUCUUUAUGUCCUGCAGAAAAAUCCAUUGUUCUUUGAAGUGGAUAAACGCCUUUUCCCCACAGUGUAUCUGCUAUGGCGUCAUCCUGCUCUGAUUCCAGUUUUUCAAACAUGGCCUCCUGUGCUUCAGAAGUUAAUUGGAGGAGCUGAUCUCAUGCUGCCUGGAGUGGUGGUGCCGUCCCGUGGUCUUCCAGAGGUGAAGCAAGGAGACUGCUGUGCAGUUACACUAGUGAACAACAAGGCUCCCAUUGCAGUUGGCAAAGCUGCGGUGUCGACGUCAGAGAUGACCAGUUUGGAAAUGAAAGGGAGAGGACUUUGUGUUCUUCACACAUACAUGGAUUAUCUCUGGGCAUUUGGAGAUAAGUCAAACCCUCCUUCCCUGUCAGAUCCAGAAAGUGAAGAUCAAGAAAACGGCGAGGAAUGUGAGACCAGCGAGCAGGAAGCAGAGAUGGAAUUUGAGAAGAGUGAGGAGCGCCAGAGUCCUGGUGAAACUGUCUCCGAUCCAGCUUGCUGUGGUUUGGAGGAACUGAUACUAACUGAAACGGAGGAAGAUAAAGGUGAACCUUCCAGUGAACUCGAGGAGGAGCACCAGGAGGAAAAGAAAACACCCCAAGAGGAAAUGGAUGCCCUGCUGUUGCAAUGCUUCUUUCAUGCCCUCAAGAGCAAAGUGAAGAAGUCAGAGCUCCCGCUGUUGACCAGCACAUUUCUGCGGAACCACAUGUUCUCCUGCUGCCCAAGUGGAAAGCAACUUGAUAUCAAGAAGUCCAGCUAUAAAAAGCUGUCUAAGUUUCUGCAGGUCAUGCAGCAGCAGUAUAAUUUUAUGCGAGUAAAAGAGCUCUCCAAAGGUGUAGAAAGCAUCGUGGAAGUGGACUGGAAAAAUCCAGACUUGCGUUCCUUUUGCGUUCCGGAGGAGACCAGUGUGGAGACAACUACCAUUCAAGAAGAAGUGGAAGAAGAAUCGUAUCACCCUCCAGAGAUCACAACGUUGUACUCUGUGUCAGCUCGGGUGGAGCCUCUCUUUAUUGAUGCAAAUAAGAGGAAAGGAGCAACACUGCAUCCUGCAGAAGUAAGAAGUAUUAUCACAGAUUAUGUGAAGAAGAACGAACUGGUGGACGCAAAUAAUAAGAAUUACGUGAUUAUAAACCCAACUCUGUGUGACUGCUUACUAGAAAAAAUGGAAUACCAGGAAGUGGAGUUUCUUAAAUGGGAUGACGUGUUUAGCAGGACGCUGGGAAGAAUGAACGAGUGCUAUCAGCUGGUCUUUCCUGGACGAGCACCUGUUGUAAAGAAGGGCCGCGUUGAGCCGAUAGACAUUUCUGUGGCAUCUCGAGGCUCAAAUAAGAAGGUGACUCUAAUAAAGAACUUGGAGGUGUACGGUUUGGAUCCCGCAGUCAUAGCCUCCACUUUGCAGCACAGAGUCCAGGCCAGCACGGUGCUGCAGCCUGUACCUGGAGCCAAAGAGCGAGUCCUGGUCCAGAUCCAAGGCAACCAGGUUCAUCAAGCUGGAAACCUGCUACUCGAUCAUUAUCAUAUCGCUCGGAAAUACAUCCAAGGACUAGACAAAGCUUCAAAAAGUGGCAAGAAGAAGUGACAACUCAAGACUUUGUUGAUGGAAAACCAUGUUUUUGAUCAGCCAUUUAGAUGAGCUAAUGCUAGUUCCUGUUUCAAGUAGAUACAAACAUGUCUUGUAUUUUGGCUCCAAAUUAAAUUUCAAAAUAAAGAUUUUUUUUUAAAGAA